CGAAUUGCUGAAAUAGUCAAGCAGAAUGCGUCUGCUGAUUGGAAUUGCUUUGGUGGCCGCUUGUUUUGCGCCCAGCUUGGCCCAAUGGGAAACUCAUUGGUGGGGAGGUCGAAGUGGAAUGGUGCACCUGUUCGAAUGGAAGUGGGACGAUAUCGCCAAUGAGUGCGAGAAUUUCCUGGCCCCCAAUGGAUUCGCAGGUGUGCAAACUUCACCCCCGAGCGAAAACGUUAUCAUUCACAAUAGGCCCUGGUGGGAACGUUAUCAGCCUAUUUCGUACAAGCUGGAGACCCGCUCCGGAAAUCGUCAACAGUUCGCCAACAUGGUUCGCCGUUGUAAUGAUGUUGGUGUAAGGAUCUACCCAGAUGUUGUCAUCAAUCAUAUGAACGCUGGAGAUGGAUAUGGUGGAACCGGUGGAUCGACGUCGAAUGUUGGUGCUCUCCAAUUCCCAGGUGUUCCUUAUGGACCUGGAGAUUUCAAUCCAAGAUGUGACAUCUAUGACUACAAUAAUCCAUAUGAAGUUCGUAACUGCUGGCUUGUAGGGCUUCCAGACUUGAACCUCGAUGUGCCGUAUGUACGAGAUAAACUUGUUGACUACUUGAAUGAUCUUAUCAGCCUCGGAGUAGCAGGAUUCCGUGUUGAUGCCGUGAAGCACAUGUGGCCACAUCAUUUGAAGGAUGUUUUUGGGCGUCUCCAUAACUUGAAUACUGCUCAUCAUUUCUCAGCUGGGGCCAGGCCGUUCAUCACUCAGGAAGUUAUCGACUUGGGAGGCGAAGGUAUCAGUCGUUAUGAGUACACUGACCUGGGAACGGUAACUGAGUUCAGAUACUCAGCUGAAAUUGGUCGAGUCUUCCGUCGCUAUGAUAGCCUUAGUCAUCUGCACAACUUUGGUACAGGAUGGGGUUUCAUGGCUUCUACAAGCGCUCUGGUGUUUAUUGACAACCACGAUAAUCAACGAGGACAUGGUGCUGGAGGUAGCAACGUUCUUACCCAUACGGCAUCCAAAGAAUACAAAAUGGCUUCGGCAUUUAUGUUGGCCUAUCCAUUCGGUAUUCCUCGUAUCAUGAGUUCCUUUUUCUUUAGUCAUGGUGAUCAGGGUCCGCCGAUGGACGGAAACGGCAAUCUCCUGUCUCCUUCCUUCAACGCUGAUGGUAGCUGCAACAAUGGUUGGGUUUGCGAACAUCGUUGGAGGCAAAUCUUCAAUAUGGUCGGCUUCCGUAAUGCAGUUGCAGGAACUGGACUCAACGAUUGGUGGAGCAAUGGAGAUCAACAGAUUGCUUUCUGCCGUGGUGGAAGUGGUUUCAUUGCCUUCAACAACCAAUGGGGACAAGACUUCAACCAUCGCUUGCAAACUUGCCUGCCAGCUGGACAGUAUUGUGAUGUUAUUUCCGGAAGCAAGCAAGGAGGCAGUUGUACAGGAAACGUUGUAUCAGUUGAUGGAACAGGCCACGCUCAGAUAUUCAUUUCAUCUGGUGCCGAAGAUGGUGUUCUGGCUAUCCAUCAAUAUUCUAGGUUAUAAGGCUUUCAAUCGCACUGUGAAUUAUAAUUCUCGAUUACGUUUGUAAGACAAUAAUAGCCAAUAUAACGAUUAUUGGGAAA